AUGGUCCUAGCUGUUUGGUUGGUCUCCUUCACCUACACCUGGAUUGCAUGGCUGCCAGAUGCUUCUGCUGCUUCUGCCAUCAAGAGGCACCAUCAGCAGUGCCUCUCUUCAAUGAAACAAACACGCAUAAGAAAAACCGGAAUGAGGAAAGACGACAGUACUAAAGUCUGGCCCCUGAGACGGGAGCAGUUGUUGCACAUUGAAGACCAUGAUUUCUCCACAAGACCUGGAUUUGGAGGUUCCCCAGUGCCAGUAGGUAUAGAUGUCCAGGUUGAAAGCAUCGACAGCAUUUCAGAGGUCAACAUGGACUUUACAAUGACUUUUUAUCUCAGGCACUAUUGGAAGGAUGAGAGGCUCGCCUUUCCUAGCACUACAAACAAGAGCAUGACCUUUGAUCACAGACUGAUUCAAAAGAUUUGGGUGCCUGAUAUCUUCUUUGUCCAUUCUAAAAGAUCCUUCAUCCAUGACACGACAGUAGAGAACAUCAUGCUUCGAGUACACCCAGACGGAAACGUUCUCUUCAGCCUCAGGAUAACCGUUUCGGCCAUGUGCUUUAUGGACUUCAGCAGGUUUCCUCUGGACACUCAGAACUGUUCUCUGGAGCUGGAAAGCUAUGCCUACAAUGAAGAGGACCUAAUGCUCUACUGGAAACACGGCAACAAGUCCUUGAACACGGAGGAGCACAUCGCCCUUUCUCAGUUCUUCAUUGAGGAGUUCAGCGCAUCCAGUGGAUUGGCCUUCUACAGCAGCACAGGGUGGUACUACAGGCUUUUCAUCAACUUUGUGCUGCGGAGGCACAUUUUCUUCUUUGUACUGCAGACCUAUUUCCCAGCCAUGUUGAUGGUGAUGCUUUCAUGGGUUUCAUUCUGGAUUGACCGGAGAGCUGUUCCUGCAAGAGUAUCCCUGGGAAUCACCACAGUGCUCACCAUGUCCACGAUUGUCACUGGGGUGAGCGCCUCCAUGCCCCAGGUGUCCUAUGUCAAGGCAGUGGACGUGUACAUGUGGGUCAGCUCCCUCUUUGUGUUUCUGUCAGUCGUUGAGUAUGCGGCCGUGAAUUACCUCACCACAGUGGAAGAGUGGAAGCAGCUCAACCGGAGAGGAAAGAUUUCUGGAACGUACAAUAUUGAUGCUGUUCAAGCCAUGGCCUUUGAUGGAUGCUACCAUGACAGUGAGACUGAUGUGGACCAGACUUCAUUCUCUCUACACUCAGAAGAAGACUCCAUGAGAGCAAAGUUCACAGGGAGCCCCUGUACAGAUUUGUCUCGGAUAAAGAGAAAGUCUAUGGGAGGAAACGUUGGUAGAAUCAUCCUAGAAAACAACCAUGCCAUUGAUACCUAUUCUAGAAUUGUAUUUCCCAUCGUUUAUAUAAUAUUUAAUUUGUUUUACUGGGGUAUAUAUGUAUGAAGGGGACUUUUUUGCUUGCUGAUUUUUUUUUUUUUCUCUUUGCAGUACUUAGGACCUUGCAUGUGCUAAAUAAGUGCUCUGCCAUC